AUGUCGUACUUUAUGACUCAUCUCCACUCGGGAUGGCACGUCGACCAAGCGAUCAUGGUGGAAGAAGACCGCGUUGUGUGCAUGCGCUUCGGGCACGAUUACGAUAAAGACUGUAUGGCGAUGGAUGAGUCUCUGUACUCGGUUAGCGAGAAGGUGCAGAACUUCUGUGUGAUCUACUUGGUUGACAUAACCGAGGUACCAGAUUUCAACAAAAUGUACGAGCUGUACGAUAAUACCACUCUGAUGUUCUUCUUCCGUAACAAACACAUCAUGAUCGAUCUGGGGACUGGUAACAACAACAAAAUAAAUUGGCCCAUUACAGAUAAACAGGAGAUGGUGGAUAUUAUCGAGACGGUAUAUCGAGGUGCAUCGAAGGGUCGUGGUUUGGUGGUGGCACCAAAAGACUACUCCACACGGCACAAGUACUAG